CUGACAUGCUUUAUAAAUUUUUAUAAUUUCUAUUGAUUUGUAUCCUUAAAAUGAGUUAACACAAUUUAUACUUGCACAAGCUCGCUAUGAAGCAGGAAUAGAAGGAUCUCUUUUGUCAAGCAGCAGUCUUUGAUUGAUUGGCGGACAUGUAAGACCACAUGUCACUGCCAGCGCGAUAUUUAUUCGCUUUUAAAAUCAUUACAAAAUAGUUUGUAUUUCUCUUACAAUCCCCUUACCGAUCUCAUUCCUCCUUCACACUCUUCUGCAUUUCUUCAGUCUACGAAUUGGUCUUCAAUCCUCCCCCGCCCACGUGUCAAAAUUUUGACACAUUCCAAAUUCUCAGCACAUAUGAACACACACGGCAGUACCUUUCAACCAUUGCUAAUUGUUCUCAGCAAUUGAUCGCAAAUAAGACUUUGUUGUAACCACGUUUUUAUUCCAAAUCAAAAAAUUAUCAAGUUUUAAACUGUUGCCACUAAAUCUACAUCACGAUCAAUACAAUUUGUUAACCUCCUGCGCGAUUGCUCUAAAUUUUUAGGAAACAUUCUUACUGGGUUCCUCUUGAAGAAAUCAAUUAAUUUAAUUAAACUAUUUAAAUGUUGUGAUAAAUCGUAUCGCUAUCUUUGCGGGAGCUAAACCCUUCAAUUAUUCAAAUUUUGAUAUGGAUGCAGAGCCUACUACCAGUAACAAAAAAAACGAAAAAUAUAAUACAAAUAACCAACGUUUGAUAGCUGAAAGUGGUGGCCGUUGUAUGAGCACACAAGCAAUGCAAUCGCUUUAUGAUUUCCGACAGAAUAAUCUACUUUGCGAUGCAAUAUUAAGAUUAGAAGAUGGUGGUGUCUUUCCAAUUCAUCGAGCUAUACUUUCGGCAUGCAGUACUUAUUUCAGGACAUUAUUUACAACUACAUUGCAUUCUCGUGAAAAAACUGAUGUCCUUCUGCCAGGUGUGACAAGUCCAAUAAUGAAUCUUCUGCUGGAAUAUGCAUAUUUACGAUCCAUUGAUGUGAGUCGUGAAAAUGUAUGUGAACUAUUGACCACGGCGGAUUAUCUAAGCAUUGUAGGUGUACUCGAUUUAUGCUGUGACUAUCUAAGAGAUAAUUUAGCACCGGAAAAUUGUAUCGGAGUGAUGAGAUUCGCCCGUCAACAUUUUUGCAAGAAGCUAGAAAAUGAUGCUUACCGUUUUAUUGUAGGACAUUUUGUCGAGGUGUCACAAAGAAGCAAAGAAAUUUUACAUUUACCUAUCGAGGAACUGAAAUCGUUAGUCGGCGCUGACGAAUUAAAUGUUAAAAGCGAGCAAACAGUUUGGGAAUUAGUUCUGAGAUGGAUAAAUCACGAUCCAGAAUCUAGAAAAGAUUAUAUCGUCGAUCUAAUGAAGAAUAUCAGACUCGGUCUCUUAGACACGCAGUUUUUUCUGGAGAAUGUCAAGGAUCAUCCUUAUGUCGUAGGCAACGAUGCGUGCAGACCCAUUAUCAUCGAAACUCUGAAGUUUUUAUAUGAUUUAGAGAUGAUUACUCAGAAAGAUGGAGAAGUACCAACGCCGGAAAUUGCACGACCCAGAGUCCCGCAUGAGAUUCUGUUUGCCAUUGGUGGAUGGAGCGGUGGCUCUCCAACAAAUUAUAUCGAAACGUAUGAUACAAGAGCAGAUCGAUGGAUUCCGAUCGAAGAAACAGAUCCGACUGGUGCGCGAGCUUAUCAUGGACUUGCGGUAGUUGGUUUUGAUAUCUACGUUAUCGGAGGAUUUGAUGGCGUCGAUUAUUUCAAUAGCUGCCGUUGCUUUAAUGCGGUGACCAAGGUGUGGCGAGAGGUUGCUCCCAUGAACGCUAGAAGAUGUUAUGUCAGCGUGGCAGUUUUAAACAAUCUGGUUUACGCAAUGGGAGGAUAUGAUGGAUACCAUCGGCAAAAAACGGCGGAACGCUAUAAUUACAAGACAAAUCAAUGGUCCCUUAUUGCAUCAAUGAACGUGCAGAGAUCUGACGCGAGUGCAACGACAUUAAAUGAUAAGAUAUAUAUUACGGGCGGUUUUGAUGGACAUGAUUGUAUGAAUACGGCCGAAGUGUAUGAUCCAAGCACCAACCAGUGGACAAUGAUAACAGCAAUGAGGUCACGAAGGAGUGGUGUGUCGUGCAUAUCUUAUCACGGCUGUGUUUAUGUUAUUGGAGGAUUUAAUGGAAUAUCGAGAAUGUGCAGUGGGGAAAAAUAUAAACCUUCUACAAACAGCUGGAGCCAUAUUCCUGAUAUGUAUAAUCCACGUAGCAAUUUCGCCAUUGAAGUUAUUGACGAUAUGAUUUUUGCUAUCGGUGGUUUUAAUGGUGUUACUACAACAUACCAGGUGGAAUGUUACGACGAGAAAACAAAUGAGUGGUACGAAGCGACAGACAUGAAUAUAUGCAGAUCAGCACUGUCGGCCUGUGUGAUUAUGGGUCUUCCAAAUGUAUACGAUUAUAUUCACAAGCACCGUGAGCGCCUGAUGGAAGAAAAGCGUCAGAAGUUACUGGCACACGAAGUACGUCGGAGUCAGCAUCAGCAACAGCAACAGGAGCAACAGCAGACAAGGCAAACUUCUCAAUUCGGCCAAAUCAUACCGAUACCACCACCUCUACCACGCUAAUAAAUGAGAAAGAUAAUAAUAAUAAUCGGCAGCUAAAACCAAAUAUCAUUAUUAUGUAAAUCAGCCAAAUGUAUAACAUCUGUUCCAUUUCAUUGCGAUACAAAUUUUGGAUUAUUGCUAAAUGAGAUGCAAUCAGAAAAAUGAAGGUUAACUGAUCAAUUGUCAAUAACACAGAAAACCGUUUAUAUAUUUGGCAAUGAUUAUUUUUGACUACUUACAAAAAGAAUAUUUUAUUAUAUUUAUAUAAUUUUCAGACUGCCAUUUACCCCUCUUUGUUAAGUUAAAUCUUUUUUGAUACUGCAGAUAUUUCUAUUGAAUCUUUUUGCGAUUUUACACGUACGCUAUAUAGUGCUAUUUCAAAUAAUUAAAUUGAUUAAGAUUAACGACGAAAUAAGUUAUUCAUUUUUCGUUUUGGAGAUUAAUGGUAUUGAUUUAAUUAUUGCAAUAUAAAGCUCAGAAUGGUAAUACAAAUUAGAAUAAUUGUUCAUAUAAAAAGGGCACAGCAAUUGAUAAAAUAAAUCAUGAAAUGCGAAAAGUAAAAAUAAAAUUUUAUGAGAUAAUAACUUUGUGAUAAAUAUAAGAAAUUACUCUUGUAAGAGACAUUCAUUUGGCAUUUUUUUAAGAUGACAUUAUAUAAGCAAUUGUGUGCAGCAAUACCGCAUGUAACAGAAAAUAAAUAAUUGUAACA